GGGACGGUGGCUGUGGGUUGAGUGCCCAGCACAGCCUGGGACCCUGAGCAAACCCUGAGCUGCAGACAGAGCCUUUCCUUGUUCUGCUACUGAAAGGGCUGAAUGUGCCUGGGAGAACCUUCCUGGAACAAAGUUCACCCAAAUCCUGCCUCUCCUUGGCCGCUGGGCUGGGAGGUUGAAGGGAGACCCUGAGGUCCUGCAGUGCCAAGACCCCCGGGUGCGUCGUCAGCUCCUGCUCGAAAAAACACCCCCUGAAGCACCACCAGUGCAACUCCGGGGUGUCUCUGACCACCUUCCCCUUGGCCUUGCAGUGACGGGGAGCCCCGGAGGGGAAAUGCAUCCUGAAUGGGGCUGAGGCCCCCUGCUCGGGAAUAUGCAGCCUCGGCACCGCGGAGGCAGCACCAGGGCAGCGGCCGGCGCGCAGCGGGAUGGUGGCAACCUUCAAGAUCGCCGUGCUGGGAGCCCAGGGCGUGGGCAAGAGCGCCAUAGUCCGGCAGUUCCUGUACAACGAGUUCAGCGAGGUCUGCGUGCCCACCACGGCCCGCCGCGUCUACCUGCCCGCCGUGGUCAUGAACGGCCACGUCCACGACCUGCAGAUCAUGGACUUUCCCCCCAUCACCGCCUUCCCUGUCAACACCCUGCAGGAGUGGGCAGACGUGUGCUGCCGGGGGCUCCGGAGUGUCCAUGCCUACAUCCUGGUCUAUGACAUCUGCUGCUUUGACAGCUUCGAGUACAUCAAAACCAUCCGCCAGCAGAUCCUGGAAACAAGGGUCAUCGGCACCUCGGAGACGCCCAUCAUCAUCGUGGGCAACAAGCGCGACCUGCAGCGGGGCCGGGUGAUCCCGCGCUGGAACGUCUCCAACCUGGUGAAAAAGACGUGGAAGUGCGGCUACAUCGAGUGCUCGGCCAAGUACAACUGGCACAUCCUGCUGCUCUUCAGCGAGCUCCUCAAGAGCGUGGGCUGUGCCCGCUGCAAGCACGUCCACACCACCAUCCGCUUCCAGGGCGCGCUGCGCAGGAACCGCUGCACCAUCAUGUGA